AUGGAAGAGAAAGAUGGGGGGAAAAUGUUUGCCUCAGAAAAGACCCUUAUCUUUAACAAGCUCUCCCCUUAUCUGUUUGUGAAGAAAAAUGGCAGAGAAUUCGGAACCAUAUCAGCAAAGAGGAGAGAUUUGCCUGAAGACCCUUCAACCCAGGAACAAUUCAUCUUCCCAUUGAGGAUCAAAAUUUCAAACCCAAUUGUUGCUGGGUCUGUGGUUGCAGUGUUGGGAUUAGGGUUCAUUGAUGCAGGGUACAGUGGAGACUGGUCAAGGAUUGGAGUGAUCUCGAAAGAGAGUGAGGACUUGCUAAAGGUUGCUGCCUUUGUAGUUGUUCCCUUUAGUAGUGUCGAUAGAUGUGUUAAUAGUGGUGGUGGUGGUGGUGGUGGUGGUGGCAGCGGGUGUGCCAUCAUGUGUGAUGCUGCUAAUGGCUUUGCUAAUAUUAAGGUGAUGGUGGCAGGGACGAUUUAG